AUGGCUGCCAUGGGCCAAGCACCCGGCUACUUGCCGGGAUGGGCUGCCCAGUGCCCUCCGCCAGUCCGGGAGCAGCGAGAGCGAGCCCCAAAAGCUGACAAGCAGGACGUCCAGGAUUCCCAUGCGCACAGAAACGGCGAUGCCCACCAAGGUCCGUCAAGUAUGGACAUGGACGAAACCUCAAGCACAUAUAGCAAGAAGGGAUCGCCAUCCAGCAGCGUGCAGGCAAGUGCGAAGUCAGAUGGCAGGCACAGGCAGUCGCAGAUGACCCACAUUCCCACAGAAGAAGAUGCACUGCACAUUCCCGGAGUCCCUGAGCAUGACACUUGCCCGUCGGUGUGGCCGGCCUUCCUCGCAGCCAGUCGCGAGAAGAGAGAAAAAGCAGUGAAAACAGACAAGGCAGGGAAGGGCAGAAGCGGAAGCGGCGGAAGCGGCGGAAGCUUGGGAAGCGGAAGUUUGGGAAGCGGAAGCCUGAGCUCUGGCUCCAAGAAGGAUGGAAGGCAGAGGCAGGAUCGCCAGGGAGCAGCGGCUCAAGGAGCUCGGGGUGCCAAGGAGCCGAAACGGAGCCAGGGCCAGCCGAAGGGCCGCGAGGGCCGCGAGGAGGGGCCCGGCAGCGAGGAUCUCAGCGAAGCGGCCUUUGAGGCGGCGGCGGCCGCUGCCCGGCAAGCGGCCGAGGAGGCCGCAGAAGCAGCGAAGGCAGCGCAACUGCAAGAGCAAGUAGCAGCUCAGCGUGAGGCCCAGCUAAAGGAUCUUGAAAGUCAAUUGGUCGCGGCAAAGAAGCGCAACGAAGAGCUGGAAGCAGCAGCUGCACUCGCAGCACGCAGGGAGGAAGAGCUUGCGGCGCAGGCUGCGGAGAUGCAAGAUCUGGCAUCCAAACUGAGCAGCACGAAGCAGCGAAACCAGGAGCUCGAAGCUGAAGCUGCGGCCGCUAAAGCAGCCAGCAAGGCUGCGAAGGACCAGGCCGCCAAAGCUACGGCUGUGGAGGAGCACGCGAGAGAAGUGGCGGAGGCGGCGGCCGCGGCGGCUUGGGCAUCAGCGAAGGAGUCUCGUAUCGCCGAAAUGCGAGCACGGCCCAUGCCUGCUCAGGAAGUGGAGUCCGAAGCUGUUUCCUGGGCGCCGCCUGCCACAGGGCUGCCACAGGAUGGAGACAAGGCCCAGGAAGGUGCAAGCAGGCAGAAAGCCAACUCGGAUCAGACUCGGCCAAGCGACAGGAGAUCGCGGCGCGACCAAGGCAACGGCCGAGGCAGCCAGCGGGAAGCAUCGGACAAAACCAAUUUGGGCACCAGCGCUGCGCAUGCGACGCGAGAUGAUGGCCAACUCGUCGAGGGGCCUCCCCGACAUAAAAGUGUUCGCCUCGCAGAUGCUGCUACCAGGAUUGACUUUGACAGGCAAGACACGGACAAGAAUCCGUCAGGUGCGGGGAAAGCACCAGCGCGCGGAGAACGUGGGGCGAAACGGGCAGGAGCCACCUCCUUUUCAGCAAGGAGUUCCGACGGGAAUCCGGCCAGUCGGGCAGGAAGCAUGCGUUUGGGUUCAGAUCGCCGAGGAGCUGCGAUGUCAAAGAGUGGGGAGGCAUUCCCAGGCUUGACCAAGAAGCAGCCGGAAUCCCCAAGCCCAACGUCGCCAAUGUCUCCACAGUUUGAUCCCAGCGCAGGACGGCAGCGAGGACGGGAGGUGACGCUGACCGAGGAGCGCUUCUUCCAAGCGCCACCCGCCGGCGCGUUGCAGGUGGACGAGCACGGCCCAGGCGUUGACGAUUGUGACCGAGAAGUGAUGAUGGGCGUUGAGGAUGAUGAUGGUGACGGCUCCCGAAGUUGCUGGCCGUCUCAGGCUGUUUCCAUCGGUUCCAUUGGGUCCUAUAUGCAGAUGGAGGAUGUCUCCGAGAUCUCACCAGACUCACCCGGCCAGUCUGCCAAGUCUGCCGGGUGGCGAAAGCUACGUGCGAAAUACGGUACGGCCGCUGCUUUUGAACAGCUGCUGCAGCAAGUCCGUGCGCACAACACCCAGCAGCUGUACGAAGAUGAUUGGACGCACACAUUGGCAAGCUCUCCUGUUGCUGCUGAUGGUCGUCCAGAGCCCGUGCAAUCUGUGCAUCUGCUUCGGGAUUUGCUUCUCAACUUCACAUACCUUCGAACCGUAAGCCGAGAGAGCUCCAGCGAGUUGAGCCAUGGCCCCUUCGCCUGCCCGUGGCGCACGUGUGGACUUUACAAGACGAUGGCCAGGCGCAAAGCGAGCAGACAAUGCUGGCCUUACCGGACGUCGUUUUUCAUCUUCCUAGCUGGUGCUGUGGUGUUUUUCGUGGUUGGGCAGCCUGGGGAGCGCACCACGCUGCUGGCGAAUGUGGGCUUCGAGCUUACGCUAGGAAGCGUUUCUUUGCCAGAAGGACAGCCAGAUGAACACGAGCCGCCGUCUGCAGCCCGGUCGAACCCCCAAGGCCUCAGCUCCUGGUACGGCUUCUACAUACAUGCUCAUGGGCGCCCGGCAGCUGUGAUUCGUUUAGUCAGAGAGGUCAAGAAGUUUUUUGCCGGAUCUCCGACGCUGGCUUGCCCAAAUUAG